AUGGAUAUACUUUUCAAGGAAUUAGGAUCAAUAAAGACUAAAAAAAGAACAACUUAUAAAAAAAAAACAGAACCUAAUGAGGAUGAAGAACAGGAACUUCCAUCUGUUGAUAACCUGGAUAAUGGAUUUUUAUUUCAUAAUUCAACGUUAGAGAAAGUUAAGAAAAGACUAGCUAAUGACAGUAAUGAAGCUUCUUCCAUUAGUAUAGAAACCAAUAAGGAAUCUCCUAUAUCAGAAAAUGAUAUAAAUAGUAGCAAAUAUCCUGUAAUAUCAGAAGAUAUUCAAUUAUCUCAAACUCAGUUGUUAAAAAGUAUGUACGGUGGUGAAGACUUAGAAUCAAUUGAAAAGAAACAACAAGAAGAAAGAAGAAAAAAAGAGGUCAAAGAAUUUAACAAAAAGAAAAGAGAAGCUAAACGUAGACAACGUGAGGAGGCUAAAAGAGAACAAGAAUUAUUUAAUGCCACUCAAAUUAUUUAUCAAAAAUACGAUCUUAGGUCCAAAAACAGGUAUAGACAUCAUAAUAGAACUAUUGACACAUCGCGUAGUAUUGAAGAAACAUUCCAAGAGCUAGAAAAGGAGGCACACAAAGCAGAAAUUAGAUACGCUAGUACAAGUAAAACUAGUGAUCAUGUUGAUGAUGAUGAAAAGAAUGAUGAGAUUCCAUUAUCCCAAACUGAGAUACCUUUAUUCCAAGAAAAGCAAAAGUUUGUUCAAAAGUCACAUGAGGCAGGUCUAGAGAGCUCCUUAAGUGUAUCCCAUAUACAAAAUCAAAACCUCUCCAAACCUCUAACACAAGCUACCCAAAUAAAUGGCGGUGACCAUGAAACAAAACAAUUUUCAAUUGAUGACUCUACUAAGCAUAUAACUAAAAAUAUUCAGCAAUCUUCUGUUCACAAUGAGUUUUAUCCAUCAAAGACCCAAAUAAUACCAAAUGAAGACUUACAGUAUGAUAUACCAAGUAGUUUGAAGGUCAAUGAGAGUAAUUCGAUAGUACCUUUAGAAACUGAUACGGAAACACAAGUAUUUGACCCAAUAAAUAAAAAAAUACAAAAAAUAUCCACUAUAGAGGACACAUCAGUAUCUGAAGAUAAACAUAAUGGUCUCCCAAACAUGAGUAGCAAUCCUACACAGUCUAUCCCACUUUUUAGCUUUACUCAAAGAAUAAUACCCUCUGAAGCUAUACAAGAACCGAAUCAUUCUUAUGACAGUUCAACUCAAAUUAUAAGUAACCCUAGAGAAGCUAACCUUUUAGAGAAUAACCAACAAAAGCAAUAUAUGGAAGAAAAUGAUGACGAAACUACUCAGCCGACACAAGUAAUUACCACUCAAACAACUCAAAAUAUCAAUAUUAUAGAAUUCACACAACCUACACAAGAAAUCUCCCAUACAGAAGCAACCCAAAUUACUCAAGUGACUCACUCUUUUCCGAAUAGAGAUACUCCGAAUGAAGUAACACUCACACUAGCUGAUACAGUUGUAUCUAACAUGAAUAUAACAGCAACAAUUGCAGAUGAUGCCACCAAAAACCUUAAAAUACAUGAGAUUCAAAGACAGUUAGAAAAAGAAGAAGAAGAAGAAUUCAAUAAAAAAAAUAGCGAAUAUAGAAAGAUUGUACCAACUGUUAGUAGAAAGCUAAACUUUACAAAAGAUUCAUUUUUAGCAAAUUUUGACAGUGAUUCCUCAGAAUCAGAAACUGAAGAACAAACGUUGAAGGACAAAUCUUUGAAUAGCACGUCUUUGUUAAACUCAGAUGUUAAAAAUAGUGACAUAAGUAGCAGGAACGAAUUUAAUAAAAAAUUAAGUGGUUUAGUAAUCUAUACAACAAAUCUAAAAACUCAGAUGGAUGCUAAAAAUAAAAUAAAUUUGGAUUCAGAUGGAGAUUCAGAUGAAGAUUUGGAUAGAGAUUUCAAUGGAGUUAUUUCAAAUAAUGCAAAGGCAACUAUUUUAAAUAUCAGAGCAAGAUUAUCUAAGACCAAAAAAAAGAACCCAGAGGUGAAUAAUAAAAAUAACUUGGAUAAUCUUUUGGAGAAUUUAAGAAAGAAAAGUAGGCAACAAAUUUUAGAUUAUCAAUCUGAACUAAUGGAGAAUAAAGGUCUAACAAAAAUGGACUUAGAGAAAGAAAAAGAAGUUGUUGAAAAUUUGUUAGAACAAGAAAUUCUUAGAAAUCAAAAAAUAAGACAAAGAGAGAAGGAAAGGGAAAAGCAAAAACAACAAACUGAGAAUAUAGAUUUGAAUUUUGAUCAUAGUGCUAAUGAAUUAGAAGAGUCUGAUUUUUUGGAUGAAGAUGAUGAUUAUGAUGCAAAUAAAACUGGAAAUUCUAAUUCCGAAGGCGAACCAAAUCGUCAUGAUGAGAAUGAUCUAGAUAAUGAAAAAAUUGAAGCUCAAAAGAUAGAUGAUAAUAAUAAAGAAGAAAAAGAAGACGAGGAGGAGGAAGAAGAAGAAGAAAAUUUUCAAUUACUUAAAUCCAAAAAAUCCAAACACAUACAUGUCUCUGCAGAUUCAGAAUCGGAUCAUAAUUCUGAGGUCGAAAUAACAGAAGUUCCAACCACAAACAAACCAACACAAAAUGUGGAUAUCAAAGACCGUCCCAACGCAAUUUUCUUAGGUCAUUAUGGGGAUAACCUUGAUAAUAUUACCUCAGAUAUUGACAGCCAAGAUAAUCCAACUAAGAAGAGUGAAAACGAGAUUACUGAACUAAACGAGGAAACCCAUGAGGAUAGAAUAAAAACAAUGAUUGAGGAACAUAAACAUCAACAAAGAUUAAAAGAGAAAAAAUUAAAAGCAAGAAAAAAAGAACUUGAAAGUUUUGCCAAUUUAGUGGAAGAGGAGGCUGAAGAAUCCGAAGAUGAAUGGCAUGGUAUUGGUGGUAUUGAUGGAGAAGACUCUGAUGAAUACGACUCUGAAAUUGAAAAAAUGAUUGACGAUUAUUCAAAAACAGAUAUGAAUAUUGACGACAUUCGAAAAACUUUAUUAGAAGAAAACAGAAAUAUGGAUAUAAAAAUGAUUAAUAAAAUUCUUUAUGAUAUCAAGAAUGGUAAUCUCAGGAAAAGAGGAAGAUCUGCUUUAGAUUUGGAAAUAAGUGAUGAUGAAGAUGAUGAAUUACGUAAUUACCGUUUAAAAAGAAGAGAAUUAAUGAAACAAAGGUUGUUAGAUUUAGGUGAUAACCAAAAAUUAGUGGAAAAUCCAAAGGCUAAAGCCUUCUUUGAUAGUUUAGUAGAAGAUAUUAUCGAAAUAAAAAACCCAUUUAGCCAUGUUGAAGAAUUUGACCAAACAAUGCAAUCAUCCACCUCAUCAUCGGAAGACGAUGAUGAUGUAUCUGUGAACCAAGUUUCUAUGGAAAAGAAAGCUAUAAUUAGUCAUGAAUCCCAGAAUAAAAAACUUGUUCUUUCAGAGGCUUUCGUUCAAAAAAGCCUUUCAUUUCUUAACAGUAAUAAAGAUUUAGAUGAAUAUGAAAGAAACAAGGAAUUGGCACGUUUACAACACGGAGAAGAUGUGGAAGAUCUAUUUACUUUAAAACAAAACAGCUCAAUUAAAUCUUUUAGAUCUUUAACAAGCAUUCAAAAGGCAAUCACUUUGGAUGAUGAUAACGACGAGACAGAUAUAGGUAUAUUUAAAUCAUCAAGACCUCCAUCAAUUAUCCAAUCUUUCAACAUCAAGGCAGAUAUUAAUGAUAAAUUCAAGGAAGGUAGUAAAACAGUCAAGAUAUCAAAAUCCUAUAAAACAGUUGGUGGCUCCAAAGCAUCCAUUACCUACAUGGGAAAAGCUCGAAAAUUAGUGGCACCCAAAACAAACUCUAAAAACAAUCCACUACAACGUCUUCGCAAGAAUAAUUCCAAUUCAAGAAUCAGUAAGCUUUUCAAUAAUGAAAUGAGCAAUUUUGGAAAUUAA